GCUCUUGGGAGUUCUACAUGAGUUAUUAAGGCGAUCUAUAAGCUUCCAUACAUGUAUGCAUAGGUAACAACUCCUUUGUGUAAGUGGGGCCCCUCCCGUGAAGACCAAAAAUACCACAUCCUCCCUUCCGCGUUUGAACGUUUGAAAUGUCAAACCUAAACUUUUUCAAACGGAGGAAAUCAAGUACCGGGACUGGAUUGGGGGCACCGCCCGCCAAGCGUACGCGGGUGGAAGAGCGUCCGAGUGAAUCCCUCAACGGGAACCGGGAUGCACCUGUAGAGUUUCCAGAGUUUGAAAGAGGAGCGUAUGAGCCUGAUGAAAGUCAGGAUAUAUUAUUUCAACUAUUAGAGUGUGAAGAUGCGUCCAAAGACUCGUUUCCUUCCGCCAACCCCAUUCCCAGCGCUUCCUCGCCGCUGAUUCGUCUAUUUGGAUGCACACCUACGGGUCACUCUAUAUGUGUUUUUUUGACCGACUUUUACCCCUAUCUGUAUUUUCCCAUCACACCAAAUUUUACAAAUGACGAUAUACCAGCAUUUCUGGACGUUUUAGCCCCUCAUAUCUCCAAAAUCACAAUCACAUCAACGGAAAUCAUUCAAGAUGUCGUUCCACUCAUGUAUUACAGAGAUGCUGUACAGCGCGACAAUGAGCCAGCACGGUAUAGUUCCUUUUUGAAGCUUCAGGUUCAGGAGCCGGUCAUGGUGGGUCGUCUGGCAAAGAUUUUGGAAGGGGCUGAUGAAUUGGAAGGUGUGAAAGAGUGGUUUGGGAAAGGCAAAUUGUAUGAUGUCACAGUUUAUGAGUGGAAUUUGACGGCGGAGAUGAGGGUUAUGGUUGAUACUGGCAUGGUCGGAGGUGGAUGGGUAGCUAUUUCUGGGAACAAAUACCGACAUGUACAGCAAUCACAUCAGCGUUCCAGUCGGUGUCAGAUACAGGUUAUCUGCCGAGCAGCCGACCUUGCCCCAGCGACGGCUCAUGAACCUAUGGCCGACGACACACUUGCCGCCAAGAGCGACAACCGUCAUGGGGAAAUAGCUCCCUUACGGGUGCUAUGCAUGCUUGCAACCAACCUUAUAGACGAAUACCCAGACUCGAAUACAAAAAAUCAUUCACCAAAGCCUCAGGCAACGAGAUCAAAGAAACGCAACGCUUCCAACACCCCAAGCACCCCUUCCCAACCGAUUGCCCCACACAGCAUAACAGGCUUCAUAUCCUGCCUCACAACCACCUCACAUACCCUAACCGCAUCCUCGAAUGACACCACCCUUAUUUUUGCGCAUUCGACGACACCAGAACGUAUUCGCUCGCCAUCCAAUUCACAAACUACCCGAGUCUUGAUGUACCCCACCGAACGCGCCAUGCUCUCGGCAUUCCAAUCCUUUUUGAAUACAUAUGAUCCGGACGUUGUCACUGGAUACGAUGUCAGCGAACAGAUCAUGGGGUUAAUGGAUCGCGCAGAGAGGUUAAAGGUACCCAAAUGGGGGUACCUGGGACGAUUGCCACAUUUGAAGGCAAAGGGGUCUCGAAAGCAGAUUUAUGGGGCGGGAUGGGUGAGAGCUCAAAGACGGAUGGCUGGGACGUCAAAUCGGGAAUUCAAAAUCCUGGAAUUGACUGGACGGAUCGUGUUGGACAUGCGACAGAUUAUUGAACGAGACGAGCGGUUACGAACAUAUAGUUUCGCCGAAGCGAUUCAACUCCAAUUACAGACUUCUAAAGAAGUUCUCUCGACACCUACGUUGACGGCACUUUGGCUUGAAUCCCCCGAGACGCGACGGCGGGUGGUUGAUUACCUCAAUCGAGAUGUUAGACUUUGCAUGCAACUUGUGCGAAAAUCAGCGGCGUUGAUUAGUUAUCUGGAGAUGGCGAGAGUGACUGGUUUGAAUAUUUCUGAUACUUUCCACAGAGGCCAAAUGAUCCGCUUCUGGUCCCAACUCUUUCGGUACUGUAAAAAAAUCAAAACAGUCAUUCCGACCCGUACAGACAGGAAUGAAGGCCAAAUGACAGAAGGGCCACUCAACAUUGCACCUGUCGCACAAUAUAAUACAAAAGACCCCAUUGCCGUGUUGGAUUUCCGAUCAUUGUAUCCUAGUAUCAUUAUUGCACAUAAUCUGAGCUACGACACAUUGUUGAUGGCUGACGACCGGUCUCAGUUGGAAGAAACGGAUUAUGAGAAGGGGUUAGGACCUAUUGAGGCGUGGUUUGUCAAGAGCCAUUUAAAAAAAGGGGUUGUGCCCGCCAUUCUCGAACAUUUUCUGGAUGAACGUCGUAAAGUCAAGAAGAGGAUGGAAGAGACCACUGAUCCGACCAUGAAGAUUGUCCUCCACGGUCGUCAGCAGGCUCUAAAAGUGUCAGCAAACGCAAUUUAUGGUUUUACUGGUGCCCGCGAAUCCAAACUACAAUGCCUGCCGAUUGCCGAAACUACUAUCCUCUACGGCGCAACCAUGUUGGGGGAUCUCAUAAAAGAGAUUGAGAAAACCUUUACGAAGGCCAAUGGAUUUGCAGUGGACUGUAAGGUUGUGUAUGGAGAUACAGACUCGGUGUUUGUCCAAAUGUCAGACACAUCUGUUCAAGACGCAAUCGAGUAUGGAAAACAAAUUGCAAAGAAAAUGUCAGAGCUGUGGCCUGAUCCCAUUCAACUAGAGUUUGAAAAGGUGUACUUUCCUUAUAUUCUCAUUAAUCGCAAACGGUACGCAGGUCUCCAAUGGACGCGCCCGGACAAACCAGACAAGAUUGACGCCAAGGGUAUAGAAUCGCAACGUCGCGACAGUAUCCCACUUCUCGGCACAUUGAUGACAAACGUUCUCGAAAUUCUUUUCCCCCGUGGAAAAACAAAUAACAGGGAACUUUUAACCGAUUGUAUCAAUGAGGAGGAACGACAAAGUCAUAUUACAACUGCAGCUGAAUACGUUCGUUGGUGCAUUGGACGCAUUCUAAAAGGGGAGUAUGAUAUUGGGGAGUUUAUUGCUACAAAAGGAUUGUGGUUGGGAACCGAGACAGAGGACUACCAAGCAAAACAGAUUCACGUAGAACUCGUCGAACGCAUCCGCAAACGUCAACCAUGGCGGACAUUCCAAGAUGGGGAACGCAUCCCAUUCGUGUAUACAACAGGCGGGACAAAAGGUCACGAAAAAAGCGAAGACCCAUUGUACGCCCUUCAAAAUGGUCUGGGAUUGGAUUACCUCUAUUAUGUACGGCAUCAGAUUGAAAACCAACUGACACGCAUCUUUGAGCUUUUACUUCCCCCUUCACAAGUUACUGCCCUCUUCACGGGAGACCAUACGAGGGUUGGUGCUGGAAAGCCGGAAGGAGCUGCCAAGGGCAUUGCUACGUUUUUUCAAACCCCAACAACAGCGUCCUGUCUCGGAUGCAGGAAAAAAGUGCCGGUGGAUAGGGCCGUUUGUGAUGACUGUGUCCCAUUGAUUCCGUCGAUUUAUCAUCGACUUGUUACAAUCUCGAAUGAUAUCCAACGUCGCAAUGUGGCUUUACAUGCCAUCUGUCGACAAGCUCAGGGAUCCAGAGCGUGGCCAGUUCUUUGUGAAAACAGUGACAGUGAUAUUUUCUGGAAGCGAGCCAAGGCUGUACGGGAUCAGGAGCGGGCCGCUGCAGAUGUACUGAGAUUGGAAGCCGAUCCAAAUUGGUUAGCGGGGUGAAGGUAUCUCAAGGCCAUCGUGCGAUGCAUCGAUGUUGGAUGUAAUGAAAUUAUGAAUGAUUAAUGAUUUAAUGCGAAUGGGAUACCCAUACAAUAUGUUACAGCCUAUUCUUGAACCCA